AAAAUGAUGGCGGCAAAGACUUUUUGAUCUACCCUUGUAUAUGCUGUAUAUAUAAAUAAAAAAAUUAUUGUUUUGGAUUUUUAUUUGCUUUUAUUUUCCAGUGAUUUUAUUCUUUGAUUUUUUCUGUAUUUUUCUUGGAUUUUAGUGUUUACUGCAUACUAUUCCAUUAGUAGAAUCUAAUACAUAUUGUACUGCACAUUACUGUAAUAAUAAUAAAGGCAUAAAAUCUGCUUGUGUUGGGUCAAGUUGGAUUUAUUAUUAUGAAUUAGGGAAAACAGUUUAUUUUUUAGUUUACUGGUUAGAGCUCGUCUUCAUAGAACUCUGCUGUAUUUUACAGAUGGCAAGUAACUUUGGUGGGCGAGUCAUUAGGCAUGGCUUUACUCGAACAGUGACUGGUCCCUGGAACUAUGUGGCUGGCAGACGGUGCAAGCCCAGUGAGUCACUUGGAUCUAUGAAGGUACCUGAACCAGCAACAGGUCAUGUGUUAUGUGAGGUACUAGUCUCGGGGCCACUGGAGGUUGACCGUGCAGUUGCUAGUGCCAGAGAAGUGUUUCCCGCAUGGAGUAAAUUAUCAGGUCGAGAGCGUGGUCAGAAGCUGAUAGCGGCUGGCCGUAUCAUCAGAGAAAAUUUGGAGGAUAUUUCUAAACUGGAGGUACAUGACACUGGCAAGCCUAUAUGGGAAGCACGGGUGGACAUCUCAUCUUGUGCUGAUGCUCUGGAGUAUUAUGGUGGCUUGGCUCCUGCUAUCAUUGGUCAGCAUGUCCCAUUGCAUGGAGGUUCCUUUGCAAUGGUGCAACGGCAGCCACUUGGGGUAAUUGCAGGUAUUGGCGCCUGGAACUUCCCAAUGCAAACCUGUGUGUGGAAGGUAGCACCAGCACUGGCUUGUGGCAACACAUUUGUGUAUAAGCCAUCCCAGUUCACACCAGUCACUGCUGUCACAUUGGGUGAGAUUCUCACUGAAGCUGGAGUUCCAGAUGGGGUCUUCAAUGUUAUACAAGGAGAAGGAGAGACUGGAGCCAAGUUGUGCGGCCAUCUAGAUGUAGCCAAACUUUCCUUCACUGGAUCCAUACCUACUGGUAUUAAGGCAAGUUAAAUUUUUUUUUAUCAGAUGGCUAUAUCCCACUGAGUCACAGUGACCCUAAGAAAGAAAG